AACACAAAAUCUCCCACCAAACAUGCUACACAACAAUCACGCUGUGGGGAGCGACAACAACACAUCGAGCAGAAUGGAAGGCACAUCCUCCUUCAUCAAGUCAGUGACCAAGCGAGUGUGGUCCCCGACGCAGAGACCCUUCAGAGUGUGUUGUCACAACAGGGCGACGAGGAAGGGCAUCACAGCUGGGACCCUGGAGGAGCUGAAAGAACGGGUGUACCAGGCGCUGCUGCUGUCCCUCUCUGCAGUGUCUCUGUCCCUGGUGUGUGAGGAGGACGGCACAGAGGUGGACACCGACGAGUUCCUCACAACGCUGCCCGACAACACGAUGCUCAUGGCCCUGGAGCCCGGACAGACCUGGAAAUCCCAGACAGGUGCAGUCGUGCCCAAAUCUCACGACAACAACAAGCCUCGGAACGGGAAAGACAUAGCGCGUGUCACCUUUGACCUUUACAAGAUGAGCCCUAAGGACAUGUUUGGCUCCCUGAGCGUGAAGGCUACGUUUCAGGGGCUGUACUCUGUGAGCGCCGACUUCCAGUGUCUGGGGCCCAAGAAGAUCCUCAGAGAAGCCCUGCGUGUGGCCUCCGGCCUCCUCCACGCCGCCGGACACCUGCUCAUCACGUCCGCUUCAAUGAUCCGCCGCAUCAUCGAAGGCGCCGAGUUCUGGCAGCCGCAGCGGACAGAGUACACGGCCAGCUGGAACUGAGGAGGCCAGGACACCUUUUCUUUUUUACACGUGAAGAAGAGCAACUCGGUCUGAUGUUGAUUUGAUGUCCGAAAUGUCCUUUUUCUCACGAGUUAGCUUCUCUGUAUUGAUUAAAUGAUCCGUUUUGAGAGGGUGGGGUGGGGGGGUAGAAGAACCAUGACCUGACCAUGUUUUGAGUUAAUAUCACAGUGACAUUUUUAUACAAUGUGAUGAACAAUUGUAAAUAUUAUACAGAAUAAAACACACAAAAAUGCAAAACCCUUCACAAUCAAUUGUUUAGUUUAGGUCUAAGCUUUCAUUAGGCACAACUUUAUGUACGUGGAUUCCGGGGGAUUACCACUGUAACCGUGUGUGGUUAUCUUUCUUAUCAUAUUAUUAACAUCGUCUCAUGUAAAAUAUUCAUGUAAUUAGUUUAAAAAAAGACGACUAACUGUGUUUGUUAAUGUUUUAAAAAUGAUAAAACGAGUCGUGUUCAAUCAAUGAAAGUGUUUCAACUUGAAUGACAAUAAAAACCUCUGCACAUCA